GAAUUGAUCCAUUUUUUCGAGACUUUUUUCUUUAACACGCUUACUAAAAACCGGAAAUUGGUUAAACCUCAAGCUGCUGUAUCGAGUUCGUCUGAGCGCUGCAGUUGCUUUCCAACUCUGAAUACUAAUGGCCUACGCCGCGGAGUCAAGAUGGUCGAUGGCCGCCUUGAGCGUCACACUAGCGUUUAUCUCCGCCUCCGCCGUCAUAUCUCUUUAUGUUGUGACAAAGAAGUCGAGAGAGUUGGGUACCAAGGUUCGAGAGCUCGAGGCUUCUCUGGCAUCUUCUUUAAAGAAAACCGCCGCCGAGAGACAAGGCCGAAUACGAGCACAGCAGGCUUUAAGGAAAGCUGUUGCGGAACCGAAGUCUGAUAGCGUGGAGUGUACUUCAUAUCCCAUGACACCAAUUGGUACUAUCCGAUCAUCCUUCUCUACUAGGAAUGGGACUCCAAGGCAAUCUUUACUCGUACCUCUUGCAAGGGCGCGGUUGGUGUUUUCUGCUCGCAUUCCUCCAGCUUCCAUUGAAGGUCUUGGAGAAUAUUCCCAUUGCUGGGUCAUAUAUGUCUUUCAUUUAAACACAGAUCUUGACAAGUUGUGGAAGGAUCCAUCGAAAUCAAAAUUCAAGGCAAAAGUUAGAGUACCGAGGUUGAAAGGCGAAAGAGUAGGAGUCUUUGCUACAAGAUCUCCACAUAGACCAUGCCCAAUCGGACUCACCAUUGCAAAGGUGGAGGCUAUCCAGGGACAUCAAAUUCUACUCUCUGGUGCCGAUCUUGUUGAUGGAACUCCAGUACUUGAUGUUAAACCUUAUCUACCGUACUGUGACAGUGUCCAAGAUGCAACAGUCCCAAAGUGGUUACUGGGGGAUAAUUUAUUGACUGUUGCAUCCAUUUGCUUCUCUGAAGAAUUUAUUCCCACUCUAUCCGAGUGUUGGCCACUAAUGGAAAAGAAAUCGCUUUAUGCGUCGGAAGAUGAGUUUAGAAACUUUGUGAAGGAAGUGCUUUCAUGGGAUAUUCGAUCGGUGUCUCAACGUAAUCAACCUCAUGACUCCCAUGUUAAACCAACAACUGGACAUGAAUGUUUCGAUGGCAGUUCAGAUUCAGAGGGUCACCUAGAUGACAAAGUUUCGAGUGGUUCUCAAAGUUCUUCUGAGAACAUUAUCUAUCACCUACUUGUAGAUGGAUUAGACGUGUCGUACACAAUUGGUUGCCAUGGGAACGUGGUUGUGGGCAAAGUGGAACUUGCAUCACCUAGCUCAAGAACAAGAAGCAAUUAACGCAAAGCAAAUUCUUCUGAAUAGGCAAAUCAGGGUAACUAGUCUUAUUACUAACCUUGCACCACUACAGUUAAAAGGAUCCCCUAUGUUGGGAACUCUCCCUUGAAUUUAUACUGCCUUGAAUAGAGCUUGAUCUUUUAACAUUUUUUACUCAUCUUUCUCUUGAAAGAAUGCUGGAUAAAUUAUGAGUUGUUUGAUGGUUAUUGAAAUAGUUUUGGUCGAAAA